CCUAAACGAAUAAACUAAUAAUCAUCUCCCUCGUUUUCUUCAUUCUCACCUAACUUCUCUCAUUCCUCCCUCUUCUUCCAAUUAAUUGCUUCUCUCCAUAGCCUCUUUCCUCUCAAUUCCUGCUCUUCUCCUCUUGAUUUUCACUGCCGAAGUUGGGAAACUUGCUUCCUGAUAAAGAUGGACUUCUUCUUCAGAGGCCUAAAUGAUGAAUCUGUACCUUCUCAGCAUGACAUUCUUAGGUGUCCAUUUUUGAGAAACAUUAAUGAGCCCACUAAUUUCUCCUUCUCCUCUUCCAUGCCUUUCCCGAUGCCUAUCCGCAAAGGCAAAGGUCCGAUUUUUGAAGAUGGUCCAAAUUUUGAUAUGGCAUUUAGGCUAUUCCAUGGACGUGAUGGAGUUGUCCCACUUUCUGAAAGAUCAUUCUCAAGUUCUAAGAAAGAAGAUACCCAACCAUCACUUCCUGAGUUCAAUCCAUUAGCUGCAAAGGCAGCUACCAUCAGUCUCUCAGCUUUUGGACCUGGAGGACCCUUUAGCUUUGACUCAUUUUCGAAGAAGUGGAAUGAGAAGAUGAACUCCAAUUCAUCUAAAAAGAAGUCAUCUUCACAGGGAGGACAACCAAAUCAUGAGGCAUCAAGCAGUGAGUGGUUGCAAACUGGAAAUUGCCCCAUUGCAAAGUCAUAUCGUGCAGUUAGCAGUGUCUUGCCGCUUGUAGCAAAAGUUUUCCAGCCCCCACCAGGCGUGAAAUUCAGGUGCCCACCUGCCGUGGUUGCAGCCCGAGCAGCUAUAGCACGGACUGCUUUUGCUAAGAACAUUCGGCCUCAACCCCUGCCCGCCAAAAUACUCGUGAUUGGGAUGUUGGGCAUGGCAGUGAAUAUCCCUUUAGGAAUAUGGAGGGAGCACACCCAAAAAUUUUCGGCAUCAUGGUUUGCAGCAGUCCAUGCAGCAGUUCCAUUCAUAGCAAUGCUUCGGAAAUCUGUAUUGAUGCCAAAGUCAGCCAUGGCAUUUACCAUUGCAGCUUCUGUACUAGGACAGGUUAUUGGGUCUAGAGCAGAGCGAUACCGGCUGAAGGCUGUAGCUGCAAGGAAAAUGUCUCUUGCAGAAACUCCUGCCGGCGGUUCAAGUGACUUGCAAAUUGUUUCUGUUAAAGGAGGACAUUGUGGAAAUGUGGUGGAGUAUCCAGUUUCUCUUCAGGUUGCUGGGAAUUCUUCGUCAGCAAAUGUAUUUUGCUGAUUUUAGUUCUCUUGGCACUUAUAGACCCAACUUUACUUGGAAUCUAAAGAUUGAUUGUAAUUCUGUUUUCAACGCAAAGUUUGCUUUCCAUGAUGGUCGUCUCCUUUACUGUAAGAAACUGAGCUUACGCAAUUGAAGGAAUAAAAGGCUAUGGAGAAAGAGAGUGAUUUUAUUCGAA